CUACAUUUCUAUACAUUUUGAAACACAUGAAUCAAACUCUUCCCAAAUCUAUUAGGCAGGAACUGUGGUGCUAACUGGUUACAUUUUCAUUUUGAUAUAGAUUGGUACAACUCCUUCCAUUCCAUAACUGUAUUUGGAGAAGAUGGGUACAGAAAAUAUACACGGUCCUCAACAUUUUGAUCUGAAUACUGGUGCAAAGAUACCAGCAAUUGGUCUUGGAACAUGGAAAGCUUCUCCUGGUGUUGUUGGGGAUGCUGUUGUUUCUGCAGUCAAGGCUGGCUACAGACAUAUAGAUUGUGCUCGGGUAUAUGAUAAUGAAAAAGAGGUAGGGGAGGCAUUGAAAACACUGUUUUCUAAUGGGGUAGUAGAACGUAGUGAAAUGUUCAUCACAUCGAAGCUAUGGAUUAGUGACUGUGCACCUGAAGAUGUUUCAAAGGCACUGACAAAGACUCUAGAGGACCUGCAGCUUGACUACAUUGAUUUAUAUCUUAUUCAUUGGCCUUUUAGGACAAAGUCAGGAUCAAGGGGUUGGGACCCUGAGGUCAUGGCUCCUUUAUGUCUUCCCGAGACAUGGAAUGCGAUGGAAGGUUUAUUCGCCUCAGGUCAGGCUCGCGCAAUUGGUGUCAGCAACUUUUCAACUAAGAAGCUUCAAGACUUACUCAGAUACGCUAAGGUUCCACCAGCAGUUAACCAAGUCGAAUGCCAUCCCGUUUGGCAACAACCCGCUCUUCAUAAUUUUUGCAUGUCUACUGGUGUUCAUCUCACAGCAUAUUCUCCUCUAGGUUCUCCAGGAUCAUGGGUAAAGGGAGAAAUCUUGAAGGAACCAAUUUUGAUUGAAAUUGCUGAAAAACUUAACAAAUCUCCUGCACAAGUGGCUCUAAGAUGGGGAAUUCAAAGUGGUCACAGUGUUCUUCCAAAGAGUGUAAAUGAAUCAAGGAUCAAAGAGAACCUUAGCUUAUUUGAUUGGUGUAUCCCUCCAGAACUCUUCUCAAAAUUCUCACAGAUUCACCAGCAAAGGCUACUUAAAGGGGACUUUGCAGUUCAUGAAACUUGCAGUCCAUACAAAAGUCUUGAAGAUUUGUGGGAUGGAGAAAUAUGAAACGGUGAUAUUGAAGAAGCUCAGGAUGUAAUCUGACACUGAAAUAUUAUUUUCUAAAUGUGAAUUGAAGGAAUGUCUUCUAAACAUAUCUAUUAUUUGAGUUUGGAUUGAAUUCUUAUUAGAUUUACAACAAGAUUAUUGGCAACAAUUGUUUCACCUAUAAUUUAGCUUCUGCUUAUUUUGUAAAAGUAUUUUUUUCCUAAAAUUUAUAUCAGUUUU